GCAGCUUGCCGGUACCCGGAGCCGCCCUGCUGCCGCUGCCUCCUCCCUCCGUUCGCGGUGGGCCCGUCAGUCUCCGCACUGUGCGCUCCUCCGUGUGGGCCAUGGAUGGUGUUGUUACAGAUCUUAUAGCAGUCGGUUUAAAGCGGGGAUCUGAUGAGCUUCUUUCUUCCGACAUCGUUAACGGACCUUUUACCAUGAACAGUUCCACUCGUUCUGCAGGUGUGUAUGCUAAUGGGAAUGACAACAAGAAAUUUAAAGGAGAUAGACCUCCCUGUUCGCCUUCCCGUGUUCUCCAUCUUCGCAAAAUUCCAAGUGAUGUCACCGAAGCAGAGGUCAUAUCAUUAGGUCUACCAUUUGGCAAAGUAACUAAUCUUUUGAUGUUGAAAGGAAAAAGCCAGGCUUUCUUAGAAAUGGCUUCUGAGGAAGCUGCUGUUACUAUGGUGAAUUAUUACACUCCUGUUACUCCUCACCUUCGAAGCCAGCCUGUUUUUAUUCAGUAUUCCAAUCACAGAGAACUUAAGACUGACAAUCUACCUAAUCAAGCUAGAGCCCAAGCUGCACUGCAGGCUGUCAGUGCUGUCCAGUCAGGAAGUCUGGCCCUUCCUGGAGCUCCUGCUAAUGAAGGCACGGUCCUACCUGGGCAGAGCCCUGUGCUCCGAAUAAUUAUUGAAAACCUCUUUUAUCCUGUUACCCUGGAAGUUCUUCAUCAGAUAUUUUCUAAAUUUGGCACAGUCUUAAAGAUUAUCACCUUUACAAAGAAUAAUCAGUUUCAAGCCUUGCUUCAGUAUGCUGACCCAUUGAAUGCACAUUAUGCCAAAAUGGCUCUGGAUGGCCAGAAUAUCUAUAAUGCAUGCUGCACUCUGCGUAUUGACUUCUCCAAGCUUACCAGCCUUAAUGUGAAAUAUAAUAACGACAAAAGCAGAGACUUCACUCGCUUAGACCUUCCUACUGGUGAUGGCCAGCCAUCCCUUGAACCCCCUAUGGCUUUCGGUGCACCAGGAAUAAUUUCCUCACCAUAUGCAGGGGCUGCUGGAUUUGCCCCAGCCAUUGGAUUUCCUCAAGCUACAGGUCUGUCAGUCCCAGCUGGACUAGGUCCCGGAGCUCUUGGUCCUCUCGCAAUCACCUCCUCUGCCGUCACUGGAAGGAUGGCCAUUCCUGGGGCUGGUGGUAUACCGGGAAAUUCUGUUCUACUUGUCACCAAUCUUAAUCCUGAUCUUAUUACACCACAUGGACUUUUUAUCCUAUUUGGAGUAUAUGGUGAUGUACAUCGAGUGAAGAUAAUGUUUAAUAAGAAAGAAAAUGCAUUGGUUCAGAUGGCAGAUGCAAAUCAAGCUCAGCUAGCAAUGAACCAUCUGAGUGGUCAAAGACUUUAUGGGAAAGUGCUUCGUGCUACACUGUCCAAACAUCAAGCAGUUCAGCUUCCUCGAGAGGGACAAGAAGACCAAGGUCUGACUAAGGAUUUUAGCAAUAGUCCUUUGCAUCGCUUUAAAAAGCCUGGCUCUAAAAACUUCCAGAAUAUUUUUCCACCAUCAGCUACUCUGCAUCUUUCCAACAUCCCCCCCUCUGUUACAGUAGAUGAUCUGAAGAACCUUUUCACAGACGCCGGAUGUUCAGUGAAGGCUUUUAAAUUCUUUCAGAAAGAUCGCAAAAUGGCACUCAUUCAGUUGGGAUCUGUGGAAGAAGCAAUCCAGGCUCUCAUUGAACUUCAUAACCAUGACCUUGGAGAAAAUCACCACCUCAGAGUUUCCUUCUCAAAAUCUACAAUCUAACUUUUCUGUGAAUUUUUCUCCUAAGACUGGACCAUAAUUUUAGUAAAACCCUUCAGACAUAGACUGAAGCAGCUCAAGACCAAUUCUGCCUCUUUCACAAAAAUAACUCUUCCUGAGUUUGAUAUUCAAGUAUAUUCAAAAAAUCAUGGGAUGUUCUCUUUUCCCUUAAACCCUCUGCCAAUACAUCACCAGAGGCGUGUUUUUCCUGUCCCAUAGUUUCUAAAAUGAAAAUAAUCUUCAGGAAAAAAGAAUCAGGAAAAAAUUUUUUUUCAAUAAUUUAAUUCCCUAUAUUAAAUUGGAUUUCAAGAGGAUGGUCUUUCUUUUCGUUUGGGUCCAGAUCAGCCUUAUACAACAUUUCUAAACUCCUUUGUACUUUGAAAAAUUUAAACAUAUAGACUUUUAAAAUUACUUGACAUAAGUAAUUUAAAUUACCUACAACCAAGAUUUUAACUGUAUGAUUCAGAAGUUUGACUCCUCUAGAAAACUGUGUUCCCUUAUAAGUUACAUCAGUUAUUUGGCAUAUACUGAUACUUACUAUACAUAAACAAAUUGGGUUGUAUUGGAAGCAAAUUUAUAAAUCUGCGUGUUUUCUUUCACUUUUUUUUUCCACUGUAAGACACUCCUUUGCAUAUCUUUAACUUUUUAAGACUAUUUGGAGAAUGAAGUGUCUCAACUGUCUCCAGGGAAAUUAAGUCGAAUCUAACCAGGAUCUAUUAAGAUGUCAGAAUAAUUAAUAAUUUUAUUAGGAAAAAACAUGUUUUAAAUUUCAAAAUGACACUUGCCGAAUAAUAUAAUAUGAUCUUGGAAAAUUUAAAAAGAAAAAUAAUCCUACUUAUAAACUACUUUUUUAUAGUUGUUUUCAGAAAAAAGUUUACAGUCUUAAGGAAAAUAUUCAGGUCUAUCAUAUGGUUUGACAGAUUUUUUAAAAGUUAUUUUUGGUAAAGUCUUCUUUUAGAAAAAAAUCAAUCUCAAGGGUUUUUUGUACCACUAUAAUCUCUAAUACUUAUUCAGAAUUACUGUGUAUUUACUUAAUUUCCUAUUAUGUGCCUUAUUAUGUGCUUAUGAUAUAAUAGGUUAGACUUUUAUCUAAGUAUCUUGAAAGCUAUAUCGUGGGCUUGGUGAGCAUUUGUUUUUUCUUUCCCUGUUUUGGUAAGAAUUUUAAAGUUUUUUUCAUUGCAAUUUUAAGUGAUUUUCAAUAACUACUAGUUUCUAUUCAAAUUUUUGGUGCUUUGGUGUAGAGAUGGGGUGAGGAAGGGUUAAAUGGUUUGGGGAAUAACUCAGUGCACACCUGUAGGCCUCUUCAUGUUGUGACCAAUAGUGGUCAUUGCCAGUUAUAGCAUACCAAUUUGGGGCUAUAACAUGCAGUCUCAGUUCUGGAUCUUGUCUGAUCUUUAUCACCCAUUAGAAUUUGUCUCAGGAUUACUUGGUUUUUGUCAUAUACUCGUGAGAACUUGCUUUUCUUUGUUAAUGUAACUUCAUUACUGAGUGCCCACAUAUAUGGAGUAUGAGAAGGUGGAUUCUUUCUCAUACUCUGUCCCUCUUUUUAGUUGAAUGUGAGAGUACAUUUUAAUGUUGCUUCAGUGAUUGUAUAAUGUAAAAUUGUUUCUUUUUAGUUAGAUACUUUGCUUUUGUUAAUUCCUUCAGUGCUUGAUCGGAUUUUUUUAAAGCAGAAUUUGUUAAAAGGGUCAUUUUUGUCCACCCCUUUUACACUUUUCAGAUUCUCAGAGUGGUUCAUCUCACCUUUUAAAAGAAUAUCUCAAUUUCUUUGCUAUAUUCCAGCCAUUAAUUUGAACACAGGAAGAAAUUUUAUAAAAAAUUGGAGACUACAAAAGAUAAUUGUUAAAAAGCAGAAUUCACUCAACGCUGAGCAACAAUUAGUUAUUAGAAUACAAAGGAGGACACUAUAUUGAGAUCUUUCAAAUGGAUCAAUUUUACUAUUGGCUGAUAGGUAUAAUCAUUUAUCUAAUUUUUAUUUUUUUCACUUAUGAAAUAUAUUUUUACCAAAACACUGAGUAAGAGGGAAGGGGGAAAAAAUGAUUUCUUUAAGAAAUCUCCCCAAAUUGCUUCAUUUUUUUCCUUCCAUACAGGCACUAUUAUAAUUUUCAGUGGCAUGUUAAAUUGGUUUUUUUUUAGUUAGGAAUUACUGUGUAGUUUUAAUUCAUGAUUCCUAUAACAGUCAGUGUAAGUGUAGCAGAAGUGUAGCAGAAGGGAGAUCACAAUGGUAUUGAAUGUAAUUUUGAAGUAGGGAAUGGCCUUCAUAUUUGAGAGAGAACAUUUGAAUCCUUUUCAGGGAUUUGUGCGCGCGCGUGUGUGUGUGUGUAUAGAUAAGUGUAUAUACAUACAUACACUUUUCUAGUGUUGUACAUACAUAUGCACAUUACAUACAUCUUAAUUUAUUGACAAAGAACAUUAAUCAAAUUAAGAUUUGGAAAAGGUGAGAUAUUCUUGUUUAAAAUAGUGUGUUUGCAACCAUCAAUUUGUGUCUAAAAUUAGCUGUAGCACAUGGAUGUUGUCCAUAUUGGGCUAUUUGCUCUUUGAAUUAUAGAGGUCUACAGUAUUUGUGUUGGUAUAGUUUCUGUAAAAAGAUUUUAAAAUAUCAGGGCAGUGGAAAAACUAGAUCUUUGUAUUUUUUGCUUUGGCAUGCAUGUAGUUGAUAUCUUCUGAGCAAUGUUUAUUUUUGCUGUUGAGCUGUCAUAGUAUCCUAUUUUUAAGUUUAUUUACUUAAUUUUAAGGAGUAUUGUCUUAUUUUUGGAGGUGUCUGACUUUGACACAAAGUAUGUAUAUUCAGGACUUUAUUAAAAAAUAGCAGUACAUGUUUAACAGUAGCAAUUUAUGCCAAAAAGUUCUACUUUGAGAUUUAAAUAACUUGCAUAGCAGUAAAUUGUUUUUCCUGUGAGAUACAAAUAGAAAAAUAACCUUAAUAAUUUGAUAACUUACAGGAGAGUAUCAGAAUUACCCAAUAGCUCCUGCAGAAUGCCAUAAAUUCGUUAUUUAAGGCUAAAUAUUGUUAUGUUAAUUUGUAGUAAUGUUUCUGAUUUUGUUGAAAGUUGCAAAUCUCACAGUUUUUAGAGACGCAAUUUUUGCCUGCCUAUUCCUUAUGGAAGCAAUGCCUUUUUUUGGCUCCACCUAGGAUGGUGAUUAUAGGUUCUGCUUCAGUUGAUUAAAAGUAACUCUCAUGAAUGUCUCUGAUCAGUUUUAUAUAAACUUUUGAAAGCUUCCAUGUCAUUAGGCAGCAAAGGUUAUACAUUUAUAUUAACAUGUAAUUCCUCUUCGGUUUCCACUAAGUAUUUUUGGACAAAAGAUGACAAGCUCAAAAGUAUGUAUCCCCCCCCCCCACCCAGUGAGUCACUUAAAAGCCCUGUUUGCCAAACUAUCAGCCUAUCUCUUAGAAAACCUAGUGUGUACUGCUAUUUUUAAAACCAAAAAGACAGCAUGACUAUGCGUAAAAGCAUUUUUCUUAACUUUUCCUUUGUCUUUAUCUGUUGUUAACAAGAAUAAAACUGCCAGACUUAAAAUAUUCUACUGUUGUGCUAAAAGAAAUACAAUUUAGAUUGCACAGAACUUUUUCUUUAAAGAAAAUAUAACUCAGCUGUCUUUUAAGAGCUGUGUUAUUGUCUACAAGACUAUUUGCAGUCUUUUUUCAGAGCAAAUUUUAACAGCUAGUUGUGAAUGAUUUAAAAAAUAGAAAAUUACUAAAAUAUUAGUUUUGGGGGUUUUAUAGAGGGAGAAAAACAAAACAGGACCAAAGGUUAUGUGCCUUCUUCAGUAGUCUUAAUUGAUCUUUUCUUCCUAUUUGAGACUAAGGUAGUAUCAGUAUUCUGGUUUUCAGGAAAUACAUACUAUAGUUUUAAAAGAAUGUUGUCCCACACACCAUCCGUUCAAGCAAACAGUUGUAACUGUAAAAUGAAGUCUCAGUUACACUUUUUGCCUUCAUCACAUAAUAUUCAUUAUAUAGCAUUGUGCAGGUCCAAGAACAGAGCUGCUCGUAAUCUUUGUGGUAGUCAUCUUAGUUUCUGUAACCAGAGGCAUAUGUUCCAGAGAACAGGGAUAUUUUUCUGGUCCAGUGACCUUGGUGAUAAUAGUCAUGAUUGAAAGCUGCUCAUGGCAAGCUUAAAUCAGCACUGUAAACAGAUUUUUGUUGUUGUUGUUACAUUAUUUUUAGUUCUUGAAUCUAUGUAGUAGUUGUAAUAACAAAUAUUUAAAUAGCUAUUUUUGAUGUCAUUAAAAAAAAUCAUACUCUAGCCUUUUUUCCCCCUUACCAUUGUUACUCAGAUCUUUAAAAAAUUCAUCCCACAUCCAAAAAGUACUAAUUAUAAAGACUGCUGACCAAGCAAAGUUUUGCAUCAAAAUGUCACCUCAUUGCUCUGACCAAAGACUGACUGUUCUGGUUUUGACUCCUUUCUGUUAAGCAUUUCUUUUCCCAAGCUCCUUUCUGAAAGAAGAUCCAGUGCAAAGCGGCCUUUACUUUCUAUUUCCUAUCGGCGAAUAGACUACUUAGAGAAAAUGGGAGUUUAAAUGUGAACAGAAUGGAUUAGGACAACAUGGGUUUUAUGGGCAUUUUCAGUACUGUAUUUAAGGAAAAAAAAAAAAAUAGCACAGCUAGGAGCCUCUGACAUUGUCUCGUGUUUUAUGUGGUCUGUUCAUAAAAUUCCCUUUUUCAGUUUAUAAGAAUGUUCAUCUAACAGAAGAAAAUGCUGUAAAUAUUUGUAACAACAUUUUUUAAAACCAGGCCGAAAAAGAAAAAAAAACGGUUUUUGGGAACAAGUUAACAUAUAAAGUGGUUUUAUAUAAAACAUCAGUUGUCUUGUAUAUUUUGAUAAGCAACAGUACCAGCUUUCAUUUGUAACACAGUUUGUGGCAUUGGAAGAAAAGGAUUCUGUGAUUACUGAAGUGAAUUAUGUUAUAAAUGCAAAGAGAAGAUAAAAUAUUAAAAAACAUAUUUUCUAAGUGCGUAGUGCAUGGUUAAUUCAAGCUUCUGUACACUACAAUAUAUUCCAUUUUUGUUUGUGUAUUUGCUGACUAUUACUUGAUAUCUCUAAUCUCUUUCCUAACAAGUAUAGCAUUGUAGCAUGCCUUUUAAUAAAUGUCAUGACAUCUGUACUCUCUUAAAAA